GUAACUUUGAUUUUUCUCACCUGACAUUUGGAGAGGUGUGAUAGGGAACAAUGCUGAGUCUUAAAUUACGAUUUCACAGUGCUCUGCUGAAAUGUUACAUUAAAUGGUUUUGUAUUGCUAGACUGUAAUUUCACUGGAGUAUCUUUCUGGGCCAGUAAGCCAGUGGAAGAAGGGAAAAGAUUCUACUAUUUUGUGCUUCAGCUGUUUUUCAUGUUUGUUGCAUAAAAAUUCUUGCACUUGUUCUGGCCCAGAGAGGUGAUAGAACUAAACCAUCCCAUGGCCUGUGCUUCCCUUUUUAAAUUGUAGUCCAGACCCUUAUAUUCCAGAAAAGAUGCUGGUGCUCUGCUAGUGGUUUUGUCAAGCUUAUGUAACAACUUUAUUUCAGAUAUAUGAAGUUAUAUAAGUUAAUGCAUGCAGUGAAUUACUGUAAGAGCAGCACUGUUCAGGAGCUUGCAGUUCUUGCACUUUUUUACCAGGAUGCACAAAUGUUGGAUUGAUUUCUAUUAGCAGACACUUGUUUGGUUUCAGUAUUUGGGCCAGUAGAGAUGCAUGGGAAUGGUUUUAGAAACAGACAUGGCCCAGUUCAUGCAGCAUUAAUAAAAUUAGUUUAGUCCUCUUUAUGGCAACUGGUCACACAGUGGUUGAUUUCUCUUAUGUAAAAAAUGUGUGAAUAAAGUUUGUUAGGUAAUACUUAGAACAGAUUUGCCUUUUUUUGGCAUGCUAUUUGCUACAUAAUAGCAUUUGUAAUAGCAUGUUAUAAAAUAGCAUUUGCCAUGCUAUUGCAUUUCAUGUGAAGAUGGAUCCUACCCUGGGUAGCUGUGCCUUGCUUUAUUUUCUGGGUAUAUCAGAUAAACACGAACAUGGGUGUGGUCCUGGUUGUGACGAGUCUUCAUAGUUCUGUGUUUGAAUGUAAUCUGUCUGUACAUAUGACAAAUAUUUCCAUCCUGCCUUUGCCUGUUACCUUCAGGUCUAAGGUUUUGACCUUCCAUCAUUUGAUAGUUCUUCAUGACAGGACUGUAUUAACUUGGCUGAACUAUUGCUCAAUGUAAGCCAUCCCUGCAUGUAGGAAAGUCAGAUUUAAAUAGAUUUGAACUUCAUCCAGUCAGAUGAUUAUUUUUUUACAUUAUUUUAUGGAAAGUACUCCUGUGGGUUUUUGGGGUGGGGGUUUGUCCCUUUUUUAAUGAUGCAAUACCUAAUCUGUGCUGUGGAGAGGGACAGUCUAAGUUAAUAAACCAUAUGUACCACUGAGUGUAAAUCACCUCUCUACUCUUGCAGAUUCUGAACUGAAAAAGUCCUGAUGGACCAGAGCAGGGUUCUGGUGGCACACCCUUCACAGGGUAUGCUUUAAUACAUGCACUCCAAGUAUCUUGCUAAUUUUGAUUACACUGGUGUCUCUAAUUUACUAUGUUGUCCUACUGUAUUGAAUUCAGAAGCCAACUUCUGGUGCUAGACAAUGGUAUUUAGACACUGAAGUCUUCAAACAGAAAGCAGAGUAGAGAAAUAACAAAGGCAUCUUUGUAAGGGAGUAAUCAUAGUGGUUUUCAUUUGGAUAGUUCUACUAGCAAUUGAAAUGUGUUGAUCUUAGUGUGGCAACUCUUCUGAAAGUGCAUUGAGCUAAGCUGGCUUCUUCCUUCGUUUCCCCAUGACAUAACUGAAGAAGUGAUGUUCUCUCCCUUUUUGGAGCUCUGCUUUGGAACACAGCACUUUUCAAAUGCAGAAACAAUAACCUAGAAAACUUGAGUCAAGUGAACUGACUCCAGAAAAUGUGUUUACUUUUUCUGCUCUAGUUCAUCACUUGACUCACAGGGGAUUGGCAGGUCUGUCAGGCAUAGAGACCCGAAGGUCUGCAGGUGCAAAAACGCAUUUAAAAGACCUUUAAGAGAAUUAUGGUCAGUGUGUUACCCUGAGCUUCAGUUCAUGUGUCUGUUGGUUACUGAACUAACCCAAGAAAUUAUCUUUAAGGUCAUUUCCAACCCAAGGUAUUCUUUGAAUCUAUGAUCUUUAAGUUGACAGAGACCAUCUGUUAAAUCACCUGCAAAGAUCAAAAACCAGCUUUGAAGUCACAGCUCCUUAUCUUUAACAUGGAAGGUGUCAAAUGAAAUCAUUCUCUUUGGCAGACUACUUGAAAUGCUUAUGAGGUGAAUAGUUUGGGUUUUUUAGCUCAAGAUAUAUUUGUGACAAACUGAUAGCAGAGCUUCUCAGCCAAAUACUGAGCUGAAUUAAUAAACAUGCCACUAAUUUUGCUACCCUUCUUAGUUGCUAGUAUUUUAUUUUCCAUAAACAAUAUCACCCAUGUUCCCAAAAGAAACCAAAGUAAAAUGCUGGAAAGUGGAGGUGAAUUUUUGUUUUAGAAAUUCUUCCUGCAGCUACUACAAAUGGCUAAUUGGAAAGACAAAUCAGUUUGUAGGAUGCUUUUUCUUGCCUGUUUGGUGUUGUUGACUAGAGCACAGACAGGUAAGUGCCAGUCUGAAGCCAGUUAAGGUUAUCUAAUGGAGUACCUCUUUAAUUCUUCCAGUGUAAAGCAAAGUAACAUUUAACUACCAAAAGCAGAUAAUUUCAUAAUGGUGACUGAAUGCUGUCUUAAUUCAACUUGUUACUUUGGAAGCCUGUGUUGGUUUUCUUGAAAUUGGCCUGUUUUCAGAUUGAAACUGGUUGAAUUCUUUUUAGAUUUGUGCUGACAUAAGAGGCAUUCUUAAUGCUUCUUAAUUAACGUCUGUGCAGGUUUGUGGAUAAAUAACAUUAAUAUAAGGGAAUAGUUAUGAAGAUAGGAAAAAAACUACUGCAGAAAGCUGUAGUAAUGGGAUUUUCAGGUCUUCCAGAUCUGAAAAUGUUACUUUAUGGGAAAUUGCUAAUAGUUUUUUUUAGAAAGUCUGCAUUUUGUGUUAGAUUUCGGUGAAGUGCAGAUUAUAAAGGCAGUUUCAUUUCAGUGAGACAAAGAAGUUUCUCCCUUUGAAUCCCAAAAAUGGAGGGAAAUGUUAAAAUUGAUUUAAAAGUAAGUAAGUAUUUCAGAUGACAUGCUGCUUUUCAUUUUAUUUUCAGUGUAUGCUCCACUGAACUGACACUUUUCUUCCUAGCAAGUUGUUUCCUUCCUCUGUUCACGUGUUUUAUUUGUUGCAAAACAAUCCUUAGUGUUCAUGCAGUUGUCGAGCUAUUGAAUAGAACUUAUUAACAUUAUUAAAUUAUAAAUUUUUUUUUUGUCGUUGUAGGAAGAAAUCUGCUUCAUCUAAUUCAAUGCUAAUUCAGUCCUGCUAAUCUGCUAGUACUGUAGAUUGAAAGAUUUUUUUGCUGUUGCCAGGAUACCCUGUAAUGGGCAAGAAGCCUGAGAGAAUACAAAACGUUCUGAUUUUUUAACUUUUAAAAACUUUUGUGUUUAACAGGACCUGGGCUCCUGUUGAGAAGUGAUGGAAUAAUCUGUGGCCGGCACCUGACAUGUUGAGGGAGCAGCCCCUAAAAGAGCUUGCCUGGGAGACAGUUUGUGAAAUAACACAGUAACAUGUUUGCAGUAACCAGCAUGUUUUGGAAAUUUGAUCUCCACUCGUCAUCACACAUAGAUACACUUCUAGAGAGAGAAGAUGUAACACUGAAGGAAUUGAUGGAUGAAGAGGAUGUUCUACAGGAGUGCAAGGCUCAGAAUCGCAAACUUAUAGAGUUUCUGCUGAAGUCAGAAUGUUUGGAAGACUUAGUUUCAUUUAUUAUUGAAGAGCCACCUCAAGACAUGGAUGAAAAAAUUCGAUAUAAAUACCCAAACAUAUCAUGUGAGCUGCUUACAUCAGAUGUCUCACAGAUCAAUGAUAGGUUGGGAGAAGAAGAAUCCUUACUCCUGAAACUGUACAGCUUCCUCUUAAAUGAAUCUCCUCUAAACCCUCUACUGGCCAGUUUCUUCAGCAAGGUGUUAAGUAUUCUUAUCAGCAGAAAACCAGAACAGAUUGUGGAUUUUUUAAAGAGGAAGCAUGAUUUUGUAGACCUCAUUAUUAAGCACAUAGGGACCUCUGCUAUCAUGGACUUGUUGCUCAGGCUACUGACUUGCAUAGAACCUCCACAGCCCCGGCAAGAAGUGCUAAAUUGGCUGAAUGAGGAGAGAAUAAUCCAGAGGCUUGUGGAAAUCGUGCACCCAUCUCAAGAUGAAGAUAGGCAUUCAAAUGCAUCACAGUCACUCUGUGAAAUUAUUCGUCUAAGCAGAGACCAGAUGCUACAAGUACAGAACAGUUCAGAACCAGAUCCACUGCUUGCAAGUUUAGAGAAACAAGAAAUCAUAGAGCAGCUUCUGUCUAACAUUUUUCAUAAAGAAAAAAACGAAUCUGCAAUAGUCAGUGCAAUCCAAAUCCUAUUGACCUUACUUGAGACAAGACGACAGACGUUUGAAGGCCAUAUAGAGAUCUGUCCUCCAGGCAUGAGCAAUUCCACGUAUCCUGUCAACAAAAGUGUUUUAGAAGCCAUAAAAGCACGACUUUCAUCCUUCCAUGAGCUCCUACUUGAGCCUCCCAAAAAAAGUGUCAUGAAGACAACCUGGGGUGUACUGGAUCCACCUGUAGGAAACACUCGUUUAAAUGUGAUUAGGUUAAUAUCUAGCCUUUUACAGACAAAUACAAGCAGUGUGAAUCAGGAGCUUAUAGAACUUAACAGCAUAGGAGUAAUAUUGGACAUGUUUUUUAAGUAUACGUGGAAUAACUUUUUGCAUACUCAAGUAGAAAUCUGUAUUGCAUUGAUUCUUGCAAGUCCUCUUGAAAACACAGAAAAUGGCACAAUUACAGAUCAAGAUUCCAAUGGGGACAAUCUCUUACUGAAACAUCUUUUCCUUAAGUGCCAAUUAAUAGAAAGAAUACUUGAAGCGUGGGAAAUGAAUGAGAAGAAACAGGCUGAAGGAGGAAGAAGGCACGGCUACAUGGGUCACCUGACAAGGAUAGCAAACUGCAUUGUGCACAGCACAGAUAAGGGGCCAAACAGCACACUAGUCCAGCAGCUCAUCAAAGAGCUUCCAGAGGAGGUCAGAGAGCGAUGGGAAACAUUCUGCACAAACUCUUUAGGAGAAACCAACAAGAGGAAUACAGUGGAUCUGGUUACAACCUGCCACAUUCAUUCUUCCAGUGAUGAUGAAAUAGACUUUAAAGAAACUGGCUUCUCACAGGAUUCUUCUUUGCAGCAGGCCUUUUCUGAUUAUCAGAUGCAACAAAUGACGUCCAAUUUUAUUGACCAGUUUGGCUUCAACGAUGAGAAGUUUGCUGAUCAAGAUGACAUUGGCAAUGUUUCUUUUGAUCGGGUUUCGGACAUCAACUUUACUCUCAAUACAAAUGAAAGUGGCAAUAUAGCCUUGUUUGAGGCUUGCUGUAAGGAGCGGAUACAGCAGUUUGAUGAUGGUGGCUCUGAUGAAGAAGACAUUUGGGAAGAAAAACACAUUGCAUUUGCACCAGAGUCCCAGAGGCGUUCCAGUUCGGGCAGUACAGACAGUGAAGAAAGUACAGAUUCUGAAGAAGAGGAUGGAACUAAACAAGACUUGUUCGAAUCCCACACCAAUACAGAGGACAAAAUGGAAGUAGACUUAAGUGAACCACCUAACUGGUCAGCAAACUUCGAUGUACCCAUGGAGACUGCACAUGGUGCCAGUCUGGAUUCUGUUGGCUCUGCUGUGUGGAGUACUGAAGCACCUGUGCCAGCUAAAGAAACUGGCUGGGCUUCCUUUUCUGACUUCACAUCCUCUUUGAGCUCAAAAGACUCCUUAAGAAGUAAUUCUCCUGUGGAAAUGGAAACAAACACAGAACCAGGUGAUCCCUUGAGUGCAAAUGCAACUACUCUUACAACACAGCUAGAGACCCCAGCAAGUGUUGCUAUGGAGGCCAGCUCAGAUGGAGAGGAUGAUGUGGAAAACACAGACAAGGUAACCGAGACAGUCAUGAAUGGCAGCAUGAAGGAGACACUGAGCCUAACUGUAGAUGCUAAAACUGAAACUGCCGUUUUCAAAAGUGAGGAAGGAAAAUUGACUACCUCGCAGGAUCCUUCUUGUAAAUAUGUAGUAGAAGAGAAUACAGAGGUUGCAGAAGAGGUCCCUUCAGGUCUUCAGCCUACUAACAGCAGUCCAGAACAGAGGACUGAUCAACACACCCAUUUAGGAGAGGCAUCUGUUAAUGGCCCUGUAUGAUAUGUGAUGGCUGCUACCUUGGCUGAAGAGAAAGAACUGAUGUCCAGGUGUUUGAGUGUUUCUUGAGGAUAUCAUCAAGACCCUGUUGAAGCCAGUCACUGCUGCACUAAUUUCGCAAGGAAUCAGGACCAGCAACAUUUAUAUUCUAGAUUUUAAGACAUUGUACAGAAAUUCAUAAGUGUAAAAAUAUUGCACAUUGAGAAAUACCAAUAAUUUUUGCGUAUGUUUAUAUUGUAUUGUUCUAAAUAACGGGGGGCCUGUGAAAUAAGAUCCUGCUACCCAUGUAAUGAUGACAGUAGUGUUACUAUAGUUAAAAUGGCUGUAAGAAUAGUUUUAUAAAAAAGUGAAUACAAAAAUCUAAUGUAUUUGAGACAUAACUAUUUGACGAUUAGUGUGACCAAAGUAUUUAGGAGUUUUCUUACAUUUUUCACCUUGUAAAAAAGAAAAAGAAAAUUCAUGUUUUUUCUGAAACUGAAAUGCCCUAUAAAUGUUAUUUUGGUUGGUUUAGCUUACAAAAGUGAUUUAAAUAAGAAUUUUUUGGUGUUCAACAUUUUACAACAGGUUUUUUAAUUGGUAAUUGUUUUCUGUAUUGUUCAAAACAGAUCAAAAAUGUAAGUCUAUUGGUAGAGAUUUUAAGUAUUUAUUGCAACAGCUUAGUUGACAAAUUGAUGUUACUGUAAAGCCAUAUGUUCUGUUAAGUCUAGUUUGCUUGAAACAAUACCUUCCAGGUGAAACACUAGAAUAUUUGGAGUGCACAUGGCUUGUUGUGUUUAAGUGGUUCACCUGCCUUUAAACAGUUCACCAAGAUUUAGUUCAAUACCAAGCAUUAUACAAUGGAACAUUUCAGAACAAUCUGCGUAUUUAAAACGCUAUAAUCCUUUUAGACAAGUCAAGUAAAAGAAAUGCUCAUGCUGCUAAUGUAAUUACAGUACCUGCAUUUUAAAAGUAAAUAGUGUUUUUAAUACAAAUUUUGGCAGCAGAGCAUGUUAAUUGGUAAUUUCACUGUACUGAUCUGUGUGAGGCUUUCAUUUGUAUGUUCUAAACCAGUUUUUUCACAGCUGGUUUGUGUAUAUAUAUAGUGAUUAUGGAAACUAAUUCUGUGUAAUUUAUAAUUUUCUAUGUCAGUGUAAAAUUCCAACAGCCUUCUCAAACAAACAGAAGCAAUAUACUGUAUAUUGCCACAUUGUCUGGUGAAAGGGUUAAAAUACUCCUGCACUUUUAGAUGCAAAACCAUUUUUGUUUCUGUAACAGUCAUAUUCAUUUAUUUUUACAUCAUUUGUUUUCCUGACCAGUAUUUAAAGCCAAAAGGAUAUUCUAAACAAUGGCCAAUGAUUUAUUUCAGAAGGCGUCCCAAACAACGUGCCUAAACAUUACAUUGCAUACAGAAAUAAAAAACCCACAUGUAUGUCACUGCCCUUAUUGCUUUCUCUUUUGCAUUUUCUGCAAGGUUCAGCGCACUUGUCCUUGGAAGUUUUUGCAAACUGAUCAGUUGUGUGAAAACAGAGGGGUAAAACCACAAUAUCAUAAGUGGAAUUGGUAGCUAUGGUUGCCCUUUUAUUUGUACUUUAUGGAAUCCAGUCAGUUUCUAAGUUUGCUUUAUCAGUUCAGAAUUGCUUUCAGAUCAGCUUGACCAAAACCAUUUUUGGGUUAGCUUUAAGGUUGGCAGCUGUCCUUCUUGUCACUUUGAUCUGUCACUGAACAAGCAGCGUUGGAAACAAAACUGCUCAUUUUGACACAUGAAUUGGAGCCAGGUAGAAAUACCAAAUACAGGCAAGCAGCAAGUUGGUUUGUCUAAGUUUGAUGCUUGUAAGGAGAAGAACUCGAGUCCUUUCCAGUGGAACUAUUUGUCCCUUGCUAAAAAGUUGAUUUAUCUAGUUCUGUGGCUGUGAAUAUCAGAGAACACAGUAGAUGAAAUUGAAUCUGGGCCCUGUUGCCUUCAGUUCAGCAGUCUUGUACUUGUGUUUCUGUUCACGAACUGUCAUAUCAGUCCACUGUUUUGAGGAGGUGGAGGGUGUGUUUUACCCACUCACUCUAUUGCUUGCACAAGGAAUCUGGAACUUGAAAGCAUUGGAGGUGUGUCUGAGGGAGGGGAGGGUGUGUGGAUGUGUGUAAACACACUUCUUUUGCCAUCUUUUAUUAACACUGCUGUUGACAUGCUGCUCACAUAGCCUUACAGAGGUUUGAACGUGCUGUGAGGAUCUGUCACCCAGCCUAUUUAAUGAGAUUUGACUUGCAUGCAAUGGAAUUGGAGUCUUCUUUAUCAAAAGGUAUUUUAAUGCAUUUGCAGCAUGGACUGAAGUGUCAUACCUUGGUACAGGUUUGAGUUCCUACAGUGUUUUUUGCAGCAAUUAGGAUGAAAUGAGCUUGUUUUGAAAGGCUUGUCCACUCCCACAUUCCACAGUGCUCUUUGAAAUGGCCAAAGGCUCAGUCACUUGAAACCGAGGUACAAUGAUAUCAGUUGAUGUCAGUGGGCAGUGGAUUAACCCUCAGGAUUUCUCUGGUAAAGGAUUUUUACUCAAGAAAGAGUGUUUCAAAAGUGGCUAGACCAGUAGUAUCUCUAGUAGCUCCAUUGCCUCUUCCACGUGGCAGAGUGGAUGAAUCAUGCCUUCUUGACCAGUGAAACCAUUAUUUUUAAGUGUAAGCCCUGAAUUAGUUUUAUAGCAAGAUUGUUCCAUUUAAAUAAAAGCAUAAGUCAUCGUCUUGACUAACAUUGCCAUUAAUUCACUGAAAAGAUAACAGGAUAGUGGAAGCAAUCUCAUUAUGUCGUUGUACAUGGAAUCCCGUGUGACCAUGCUCUCGAGUGAAGUCUACAUUUUUGCACCUAUUAAACCUUGUAUCUACCUCUUGAAAGCAGUGAGUUCUGUGUUGUCAUCUGCAUACUUCUUGUGGAAACUUACUGUGAUAUUCAUUCUUUGUGUGAAAUCCGUUCAGGAGAUUUGUGAGGAAGAUGAAUCGGAUUCUUACCAUCAUUUGUUAUAAACUUACCUUUCUGUUUAAAUUUUAAAGCAUUAAUUUCCUUGGAGAUUUUGUUUUCUGUCAUAUGUCCCAUACAGUUAUAUCAGGAAGUACUUACUGUAUAUAACUGCCUCUAUUAAUAGACUUAAUCACUUCUGACUGUCUCAGAAUAAAUAGUGCUUUCUCCAGUGUAGUAUAAGUGCUUUGAGUUUCAUUAUGCAAGUGUUUGUAUUGUUUUCCAAACCAGCAUGGAAAAUGGCUGUUACUGUGACAGCAAAAUGCCCUGUUUUGGUAAAGGUUUUCACAUCUGUCUUUGAGCUUCUGUGUCUUACUUACUAGCAGGUAAGGAUUUGGCAUCUUCCUGUUCCAUUAUUGUUUGAGUAUGUAAGGUUACAGCAUGGAAGGAGAUGAAGGCAAUAAAAUUAAAAUAAAAAAUACUCUUAUUGUAAA